UUUCUUCUAUUGGGAGGCAUGGUUUCUGCCUCCAUGGAACAUUGGAACACCGGGCACAGUCUCGAGAAAAGGAGCACCACAUUUGGACGAAAGGAGUGGGAACCCCAGGAUAUUGGCUACUUUUGCGGCGACACCUACACCAUUUGCCAAGGUUGGUUCAACCGAUGGAUAAACUGGCGAUUCUAUGUCAACAUGAAUGGCUUCUACGACGGGAUCAAGGGUCUCAACGGUCCCACUGAAAUGGAACUCAAGCGAUUGGAACUGGCCAGAAAACGGUUGGAAUUCCACGAGAUGAAGCUCAAUCGGACCCUCGAAGUUUGGGCUAUGGAGAAAGACUUAGUACUUGACGAGAUUCAACGCGAAGAAGAGCUUCAGAAGCUUAGAAUGACCAUCGUUCGUAAAAUAUUACACGGAAAAUCUAUUUGACUUCUUAAAUAAAGGUAUAUUUUGUCUUCAAA